AGGCAACUUCUUAUAGAAUUGAAUGUAUCCGACACAAUAGAUGUUGUGUGAAGCAAACUGAUUGGGUCGUUUUCGCUGGCCUCGCCUUUGAAGCUUACCCAAAUCAUUCGUUUGAAUUUUUUCCUCCUCCCACGAAACGCUGCACAACUGCACGUACAACAAUGCCUUGAGUAGUUAUACUAACAUGGGUUUUGCCGAUUUACCAGCAGAGCUGCUGCAAACCAUCCUGAACCAUGCAAUAGUGGUGCGAGGCAUGAAGAGAGGACUGAGGCUACGCUUGAUAAAUAAACGAUUCGCCGCUGAAGUUAUCGAUACCAUCUACGCCUAUCGCAUGCUAGAUGAGCGAUUUUGUCAGCCUCUCGCUACCGUACGAAACCCGCCUAUGCCACCGUUCACAGCAUCUUAUAUCGAGUACCGCAUUCACAACAAAGAAGACGAUUCCAGUCUAGCCCCGUACCCGAAAUUGGGGCUCCUGCGCAGAAUCGCUCAAGACCUGGUAGCUGAGAACGUAUCGCUUCCGUACGAUGAUUGCGUCCGCUUCCUGUGUCGUCUCAUCUCCGAGGGUGGCGCGGAUCGUGUUUCCCAAGUGUUCCCGCCUGCUUUGCCACGACCGGCCUAUGGUCAUGUUCUGUAUGAAACAGAAGAAUACUAUGUUGACAACCUGUUCGCUGCGGCCGUUGUGACAAACACCGUGACCAUUGUCGAACGCUACAUCGAGAUCUACCGAGACAAAUCGUUCAAGCCCCUACUUGGAAUGGAUUCGCGAGAGUUUAAUCUGCAGGCUGCCCGCUAUGCAAGCCCGGAAACCCUUGAAGUUCUCCUCUCCGGAGGUCAUUCCCAUCGUGUUGUUGUUCCGCGACGCAACGAUAUGCUCGUUGCUGCAGCGUCCGUUGGUCGUCCCUCUGCCUUCCGCUUCAUCCAUGAGUUCCGUAUCGAUGAAACGCCGUGGGAUUUCAAAGAUCGAGCAAAGCGAUAUGCCUCGCUGCAAGUAUUCAGUGAUGCUCUUCUCACGCCGAGCAGGGAGGUGUGGGACCAUGUGAUGGAACUAAGGGCUCGAUACAACUGCCCUAAAGAUGUACCUGAAGACCGCAAACAGAGGGUUCUAGCAGAAUGUAUCGGCCAGGGUGGGGACGCAGACCUACUCAACCAUCUCUUGGACUUGUGGCCUGAUAUCGCUGAAAAGAAUGGCUUUGGCGAUCGCGCUUCAGCGAGUCCGUCAGGUCUUCUGCUGGACGCCUGUGCGAAUGGCUAUGAGGAUCUGGUACGCGUCCUUUUAUCUAGAGGCGCUAGUAUGAGCUCCGCAGUAAUCAUUGCCGCCGCAUACGGGCAGACAAAAAUCGUACGUCUACUUCUUGAACACGGCGCCGCUCCUUUUGGUGGGCUUCUCAGAGCUGCCGGAGGUGGAUAUAUGGACGUCGCACACAUACUGCUCGAUGCUGGAGUCCACCCUGGUGAGACAGACCCACGUCUGCUCAUGUAUCCUGGGCUUGUGACAUAUGGGUUGACCGACGUCCCCAUUGCAAACGCGUGUGCGAUGGAACAUGUCGAAUUGGCCAAACUAUUGAAGGAGAAGGGGGCAAAAGUGAACGGGCAUGCGGGAUCGGAAUGCUUGAGAGUCACUCGAAAAAAUGGGUUAGAGAGCAUGUUGGAUCUUCUAGAUGAAUGGCAUUGUCGCGGAGUCUAGAUGCAGUGGGCAUAUAUCAGAACCUAGUUUCCAUGGCUCUGAAACAAUUGAAAUUGAAGUCGAUAC